AUGCAGCGGGAGCGUGGGGGGCAGAGCCCAGGAGCCCCUGAAACUGAGAUCAAGGCUGUCAUCGUCGGGGACGGGGGCUGCGGGAAGACAUCACUGCUGGUGGCCUUCGCCAAGGGAGACUUCCCCAAGGUCUAUGUACCCACGGUGUUUGAGAAGUACACAGCGUCCCUCCAGGUUGCUGGCAAGCCCGUGACGAUCCACCUCUGGGACACAGCAGGACAGGAAGACUAUGACAGGCUUCGCCCACUGUCCUACUCAGAUGCCAAUGUUGUCCUCAUGUGCUUUGAUGUCACCGACCCCAACAGCUAUGACAACAUCCUAACGAAGUGGUACCCAGAGGUGAACCACUUCUGCAAGGGUGUGCCGGUGCUGCUGGUGGGCUGCAAGACAGACCUACGGCAGGACCAGGAGGUGCUGCGGAAGCUGCAGGAGGGACGCAAGGAACCUGUCUCCCGCCAGCAGGGAGAGACCAUGGCACGGCAG